ACCUGUCAAGCGUACAAGCGAUACAAUGUAAACUAAUCUUCAAAGUCAGACAGGUUUCUCGUGGGAAGGUCUGUCUCUAGUUGCUUUGUUUGGUUUAGUCCUGUAUAACAUAUUGCACAGAAGACCGGCCGAAAUAACUAAUGGAGAACGCUACUAGCAGCGACCGAGAUUCGAGGGAAACGGAUCUAUUAGAUGGGUAUUAUCUGACAGAGGACAAAGAGUUGCUGCGAAAAAGCCUGCUUGAUCCUAAGAAGGACUGGACUGAGCAAAAAAUAGCAUAUAAAAAGGAGAGUGACAGCGUGCAGCUUCCAGGCAACAAGAGUCUGAGAGGGCUACACCAAGCACCCGAUACUCUUGGAAACCAUAUAUUUGGACGAACAUAUUCUCAGAAGACAGACAGCUCCACGCAAACUGCACGAAAGCAAAGAAUGGGAAUGGUUGACGAAAUGAAAGAAGUCGGCUUCUGGAAGGCGAUAUUCGCCGAAUUCCUUGCGACGACGAUCUUCUUGCUGAAUAUCAUCAUGGUGGCAUGCGGUUCAGGCGUUGGUACACAGCAAAGUUUUUCAGCCAGCACUGUCUCAAUUGGUAUUGGAAUCGCGCUGAGCAUUUCAACCCUUGCACAAGCAAUAGGACAUGUCAGUGGAGGGCACAUAAACCCCGCAGUGACUGCUGGCAUGAUGGCAAUUAGAAAGAUUUCCCCAAUCAAGGGCUUUCUCUACAUAAUUGCCCAACUACUUGGUGCUGUCGCUGGCUCUGGUCUCGGAUACGGCCUAACCCCAGCAAAGGUUCGUGGUGGGCUCGGCAUCAAUGCAUUGAAUGAAGCGAUUGGAGUGAAGCCUGUUCAGGGAUUCGGUUUGGAACUAUUCUUCACAUUCCUUCUAGUUCUGACCGUUUGUGCAGUAACUGAUCCAGGCAAGAAAGUUGAGCCAUACGGAACUACAUUGGCGAUUGGAAUUUCAAUCUUGGUUUGCCAUGUCUGCUUGAUUCCAUACACAGGAUGCUCAGUGAAUCCAGCAAGAUCGUUUGGGCCAGCAGUCGUUACCAACUCGUGGGAUGACCAUUGGAUUUUCUGGAUUGGACCAAUGCUUGGUGGAGUUUUGGGAGCAAUUCUUUACGAAUAUGUCUUCAAGACCAAAGAGGUAAAUGAAAACUGCCGGGAUGAGAAUAGCUCACACAACGAAGGAACUGAACUCAAAUCAAGAGUCUGAUCAGUUGAAGAUGGGGGUGAUGAUGCAUAAUCGGUGUUUCUAAAGAACUGCAGGGAGAUGCCUUUGGCAAAAGACUAUCAUGUUCUUAUGAAUUUUUUCAAAUGAACGAAAAUUAGGAGGAACAGCAUAAAUUUUCCAAGAAAUAUAUAAGACAAUGGAAUUUGAUUAAAGAUAGACAAGUAUUAUUUCUGAAACUAUCUAGGUUUAUGCUUUUAAACAGUUUACUUUCUUUUAAACAGUAAAUAGUAUGCAAAACUUAAUUCUUUAAUACCCAUGUUGAUGUUUCCCUUUAAAUUUGCUCUUACCUCCUAAUCACUUCCCCCUCCCACAAAAGAUCACAUUUGCUGCCAUUGUUUUCACAUGGCAUAAAUUUUUAGAAUUGGGUUUCCCCAUUUUUGAAAUUCCAAGCUUUUCUAGCAUUAAUGUUACAUAUUUUAGUGAAUGUUCUUUGUUGGGGCUGCUUACGU